AUGCGCACUUCCAGCUUUCUCGGGGCGCUUUCCAACGUGCCCUUGUUGGUUUCGGCAGCAUGUCCGGAAUACAUCGACUAUGCGAAGCAGGUGCACGAGCCGCUGAGUUCAGGCCGGUACAAGCUCGCGUAUCAGCGACCGUCGGAGGAGUGCCGGACCUUCAAAUCACCAGGCCUUGAGGACAUAGUAUCACGCAUGAAGGGCGUGAUCAAGGACCCAGACCUGUACCGUCUUUUCCAGAAUGCGUAUCCCAACACGCUCGACACGGCCAUCAAAUGGAAGGGAUAUGCUGCCGACAAUCCAGAGGAAGAGUUGACUUUUGUCAUUACCGGCGACAUCAACGCCAUGUGGUUGCGCGACUCGUCGAACCAACUGCAGAGCUACCUGCCCCUCUUGAAUGCCAGCAGCAAUGCAAACUCGAUUGCAAGCCUGUACCGCGGCGUCAUCAACCUGCAAGCGCGGUACCUGCUCACAUCUCCCUACUGCAACUCGUUCCAGGCACCGGUCGAGAGUGGGAUCCCUCCAGCGUUGAACGAUGCGGCGAAUGGUGACACGGUGCAUCCGCCGUACUCCAACAGCAGCGUGUUUGAAUGCAAGUACGAGCUCGACUCGCUUGCAGCGUUUCUGCAGAUAUCUGCCGACUACUACAAUGCAACAAAGGACAUUGAUUUCUUUGGCAAGUUCAAGUGGACGCGGGCGAUCGAGGCCAUACUGGAUGUAGCCGAUGACAUGAUGCUCCCGACAUAUGGUGCGAACGGAGCCGUGUUGCAGAGCCCAUAUACGUUUACGCGUACGACGACGCGAGCGACGGAGACGUUUUCCAACGAUGGAAUCGGCAAUCCAGUUGCCAACGGCACGGGCUUGAUCCGAAGCGGUUUUCGGCCUAGCGACGACGCCACCAUCUUCCAGCUGUACAUUCCGGCCAACAUGAUGUUUAGCUCGUACUUGGCGCCGACGGCCGAAAUCAUGUCCAAGCUCAACACGACGACGUCCAAAGGACUUGCACAAAGAAUGUCUGCACUGUCCAAGUCACUGCGCAAUGCCAUUGAGACGCACGGGACGGUUGAGCAUGCGGGUUUUGGCAAAAUCUAUCCGUUUGAGAUUGACGGGUUUGGCGGGCGGACCAUUAUGGAUGACGCCAACAUCCCGGGCCUUUUGUCUGCGCCCUUCUACAAGUACCCGGUGGACCAAGAGACGUAUGCCAACACUCGCAAGCUGGUGCUCAGCGCGACCAACCCGUACUUCAUGAGGGGGCCUCACAUCAGCGCAAUUGGGGGGCCGCACCAGGGCCCAGGCAUGGCGUGGCCUAUGGCAUCGAUUGUGCGCAUUCUGACGAGCGACGACGACGACGAGAUUGUGGGACAGCUUCAGGAGAUUGUCAGCACGACGGAUGGGCUGGGGCUGAUUCACGAGAGCAUCAAUGCGUUCAACGUGAGCGACUGGACGCGGCAGUGGUUUUCGUGGGCCAACGGGCUAUUUGGGCAGAUGAUCUUGGACCUGGAAGACCGCAAGCCGGCGUUGCUAGAGACGAGCUUCCAGUAAUGGACCAAGUACUGUAUGUAUGUAAUGAGCCAUGUAGGAGAUUAAUGAUAGCAAUCAC